AUGUAUAAGUCAAAAGAAGACAGGGAUAUAGUCAUAUCUAAAGGUGGUGGAGAUGGAGAUGGAGAUGGCGAUGUUGCCUCAAGUUCAGGAAAGACCAAAAUUCUUCAUCCACCCAUUGAAAGCCAUUGGCAUCUCCCUCCUCAAGACAAACACAGGCCUUCAUCUUCAAUGUCAAACUUAGGCCUCAAGACAAUGAUCAAGUUCCGUGACUCGUUCAAGAAGCUUGGAGGGAGUAGCAGCAGCAUCAGCAGCAAUAAGAGCUUGAAAACGGUUCUCGGAGGAGUUCGUGAUCCAAAGGAUGAAAACGUUGUAGUGUGUUUCAGAGAACUGCUUUUCCUUGAGGGCCAGCUUCCUCCACAGCACAAUGAUUAUCAUACCCUUUUAAGGUUUCUUAGAAUGAGGGACUUUGAUUUUACAAAAGCAAAAGAUGCCUUCUUGAGUUAUCUUAAGUGGCGCGAGGAUUAUAUGGUUGAUGCAAUUCCAAAGGAGUUUAAGUUUGAGGAGUAUGAAGCAGUAAAGAAAUGCUAUCCUCAUGGAUAUCAUGGGGUAGACCGGUACGGUAGACCGUUGUACAUCGAAAGAAUCGGGAUGGUAGACCUUAACAAGCUUCUGCAAGUAACUACCCUUGAAAGAUUUGUCAAGUAUCAUGUGUCGGAACAAGAGAAAACAUUAAAUUGGAGAUACCCUGCAUGUUCAAUUGCAGCCAAGAGGCAUGUAGCAUCUACAACAAGUAUUUUAGAUGUGCAUGGAGUGGGAUUGGCUAAUUUCUCAAAGCCUGCUAGAUAUCUCUUCAUGGAAAUUCAGAAGAUUGAUAGCAAUUACUACCCAGAGACUCUAAAUCGCCUGUUUAUUGUGAAUGCUGGAUCUGGGUUUAAAAUGCUUUGGAAAGCAGUGAAGGCUUUCCUUGAUACACGCACAUUAGCAAAGAUUCAGGUGCUGGGAUACAAUUACCAAAGUAACCUGCUUGAUGUUGUUGAUCAAAGCAAUUUGCCAACUUUUCUGGGUGGAGGCUGCACCUGUUCUGAUUAUGGAGGCUGCCUUUUAAGUGACAAAGGACCCUGGAACAAUCCAGAUAUUACAGAAAUGCUUCAAGCAAUUACUGCAGACGAUAAUGGGGUCAACAAUUAUGAAGAAAAUGGUCAUUUGGAUUCAGAUGAGGGGCUUUUACGAAAUAUAAAAAUCAAGGCCUUGGAAGCAGAAUUUAGAGAGGCCAACAAAAAAAUUCAAGCAUUAGAAGCUGCACUUGAGGAAGCCAAGAUAGUCUUGAAAGAACUUGGCCAGCAGGUUGAAGAGUUGAGAUCAACUCCUUGGGAAGGAUAG